CACCGCCCCCGACAAUUAUUGCACUCCACCUUAACUUUUCCCAAACCUCCCCCAACAAAAACUGGUCUACACUUGGACUACAGCACAACAACCAUAUCCUCCUGAUCAGUUCAUCAAUGGCCGGAGCUCUUCUCCGCCUUCAUGGCAAUGCUCUCUCCAGAUCGGCUGCUCUCCGGCCAUCUCCAUCACUCCCUCACAGGCCUAUGAUGGUCACCAUGUCCCAAAAUCAGUCCUACUGGGCCUCCGUCAACGCCGAAAUCGAUGCCCAUCUCAAGCAGGCCAUUGAUCCUCUACGGCCUCCACGUGAAGUCUUUGAGCCCAUGCACCACCUGGCCUUUGCAGCACCGCAAAACAAAGCCCCGGCAUUGUGCGUCGCGGCCUGCGAGCUCGUUGGUGGCCACAGGGACCAAGCCACGGCGGCAGCGUCAGCGCUCCACCUCAUGUGCGCGGCUUCCUUCACUCACGAGCAGCUUCCACUAACGGACAGGCCCAGGCCCAGGCCCAGGACCAGCUCCAGGCCCACGGCCCACCACGCAUACGGCCCAAACAUAGAGCUUCUUGUCCCGGACAGCAUGACACCGUUUGGGUUUGAGUUGUUAGCUAAAUCCGACGACCCGGCCCAAAACAACUCAGGCCGUAUAUUACGCGUCACGGUCGAGAUCGCGCGUGCCAUGGGCCCGCAAGGAAUUGUGGAUGGACAAUACCAAGAAUUGGAGCGCCCUCAAUCGGACCACACGCGGUGGAUCAAGCGCGUGUGCAAGAAAAAGGAAGGCGGGUUUCACGCUUGCGCCGCCGCGUGUGGGGCAAUACUAGGAGGGGGAAGUGAGGAGGAAAUAGAGAUGCUUAGAAGGUUCGGGCUCUAUGUGGGGAUGAUACAAGGAAUGUUACAUGGGGUUGGAAGAAAAGAAAAGGGACUAGCAAAAAUGGUGGAAGAGCUAAGAACUUUGGCACUCAAGGAGUUGGAGGAAUUCAAGGGAGGAAAGGCUGAGGCAAUUGCUAGCUUUCUUUGCUAAAGUUUAGGGGCCUUGAUGUUGAUGUCAGGAGAGGAGGGGGGACAUGGGACAGGGCAUGACAUGUAAUUGUUGUGUGAACCUUAUAAUGUGUCCAAAAGAUAUCUUAUGUAUAUUGUGAAGUGUCUUGUCCUCAUUGUUUUCUUCCUAGAACUUAUUGUGAUUAGUGACCUUCUUCAGUGUGUUGUCCUAAUACCUCUUUCUUUGCCACUUGUGAUCCUAUGAACCUUCCAAGGACUUUAAUAAUGUCAUAACGGGCAUAUAAAGGUAAGGAGAUUCGACUUUCGUUGCAAAA